AUGUCAAAUAAUCAACAAAAUGAUACCAAAUGCUUGGAUCACCCUAAUGAAGAUAUUAUUUUAAUAUGCUCAACUUGUUCAAACACUCCUGUCUGUAUUUAUUGUAUUACUGAUACUCAUAAUGGUCAUAAUUUUAAAAAUUUAAAUGAUAUAAAUUUAAGAAAUCAAAUACAACAAGAUUUUAAAAAUCAAACAAUACCAAACCUAAUCAAAUGUUUAGAAAAUAAUAAAAAAAUAUUAGAUGAAUCAAAAAAUCACUUUAAAAAUAUUCAAGAUAAACAUACAAAGAAUUUUGAUAAAACUCUUAAUAUAUUUAAGGAAUUAAAAUAUAUUAUCGAUGCAAAAGAAAAUGAUAUUAAAAGAUUAUUAAUAAAUAAAUUAGACGAAAAUAAAGAAGUAAAUAAUAUAAUAACAACAACAAUAGAAAACAAUAUUAAUAACAUUAAUAAUGCUAUUAAAUAUAAUAAUGAUAUUAAUAAUAAUAAUGAUAUUAAUAAUAAUAAUGAUGUUAAUAAUAAUGAUGUUUAUAAUAAUAAUGGAUUUAUUAAACUUUUAAAACACAAUCAUCAAUGUAAUAAUCUUUUAUCAAAUAUAAACAAGAAUAACAUACCAGAAUAUAAAGAUACUCAAUUAAUUCAAGAAAAUAAUUUCGACCCAAUCAAAGAUCUAACAAACAGUUAUUUAGAAGUAUUUGAUGAUAUCUCUUUAGUUAAAAAAGACUUAAAAAUACUAUUUUCUUACAAUUCAAUAUUUAUAAUUUACGAAGAAUGGCGUGAUAUUAGUCAUUUAGAAAUUAAAAAUCUUGCCAUUGGGCCCAUCGAAUGUUUCCUCAAAACUAUUCCAGCAACAGUUAUAAAACUAUUAUUACUUGAUGGCUUUAAUCAACCACUUAAUUUUAUACCACCCACCGUAAAAAAAUUGAGUUUACAAAACAUCAAGUAUCAAUUAACACCUGAUUCAAUUCCAGCAACAGUUAUAAAACUAUUAUUACUUGAUGGCUUUAAUCAACCACUUAAUUUUAUCCCACCCACCGUACAAUGGUUGUAUUUAGAAAACAUCAGGUAUCAACUAACACCUGAUUCAAUUCCAGCAACAGUUACACGUUUAUCUUUACUUGAAGGCUUUAAUCAACCACUUAAUUUUAUCCCACCCACCGUACAAUCGUUGUAUUUAGAAAACAUCAAGUAUCAAUUGACACCUGAUUCAAUUCCAGCAACAGUCACAGAUUUAUAUUUAAAAGGUGGCUUUAAUCAACCACUUAGUUUUAUACCACCCACCGUACAAAAGUUGUAUUUACAAAAUAUCAAAUAUCAAUUAAAACCUGGUUCAAUUCCAAAUCAUUUAACUAAUCUUCAAUUUUAUAAUGGUUUUUCUCAACGUUUUACAAAAGAUGAUCAAUUUUUAGAGUCCAUAAAAUAUAGAAAAAGAAAAAAUGUUUCAAUUGAUGAUACAACUCCAAUUAACACUUUAGAUUAUCAAAUUGCUCAAGAUUUAGAUACACCAAAAACAUUAUAUAAGAACUGUGAUUGA